ACGAGACCCAUCUAGUCUUUUUCGAGGACGAGGCCACUGGCCAGCCACAAUUUCGCCGGCGAUUGCAAGGAGCAAAUGAGCAGCCUUUCCGUCGCAAUGAAAGUCGCCGUAAUCGGAAGCGGAAUUUCCGGAGCCGUGUGCGCAUCGACUCUGGCAAGGAAUGGAGUCUCCGUCACAAUCUUCGAGUCCGGUCGUGGUCCCGGUGGUCGCAUGUCUCAAAGAAGAGAGAUUGGAGAGGACGGGAAGGAGUUGAUGUUCGACCAUGGAGCUCCUUUUUUCUCUGUGAGCAACUCUGAUGCAAUGGCUCUUGUUCACGAGUGGGAGUCCAGAGGUCUUGUUUCUCUAUGGAAACAAGCUUUUGGGAGUUUCGAUUGUGCCUCCAACAAGUUUCUUGGCGUCCAGGAAGGGGAUGCAAACAAGUAUGUGGGUGUUCCUGGCAUGAACUCUAUAUCAAAGGCCUUGUGCCACGAAUCUGGUGUUCAAAGUAUGUUUGGAACUGGAAUUGCCAAGCUGGAAUGGUUGGAGGAAGAGCUACCAUGGCUGUUGAAAGAUUCUAAAGGAGAAUACUUGGGUCGUUUCGAUGGAGUCGUUGCAUCAGAUAAAAACAUUGGCUCUCCAAGGUUUACUCAAUUAACCGGACUCCCACCACCACUGGACUUAAAUCUUGUCCCGGAGUUGGCGACUAAGCUGCAACAUAUUCCUGUCCUUCCAUGCUUCUCUCUUAUGCUAGCUUUUAAGGAGCCAUUGUCUUUGAUACCAGCAAAAGGCUUGUCUUUCAAAAAUUCACAGAUUUUGAGCUGGGCUCAUUGUGAUAGCACUAAGCCAGGACGGCCUACUGAUAGUGAAAGAUGGAUACUGCAUUCUACUCCAGACUAUGCCAACAGUGUUAUUGCCAAGACCGGCCUCCAAAAGCUAUCGAAUGAAACACUUCACAAAAUAUCUGAGGAGAUGUUCAAAGAGUUUCUGUGCUCAGGCCUAGUUAGUUCUCUCCCCUUCUUCAUGAAAGCCCACAGAUGGGGAAGUGCAUUUCCAGCCAAAAGCAUAGCCGUAGAGGAGAGGUGCCUCUGGGAUAGAAACAGGAAUCUUGCAAUCUGUGGAGAUUUCUGUGUCAGUCCAAACGUCGAAGGUGCCAUACUCAGUGGCUUAGCUGCAGCGUCAAAGCUUUUGCAGACUUCCAGCUCCUUAUAGGUACCCUAUUUGAGUGUAUCCCAAUACCUCAAAACAGAGUUAUAUCUACAUUGAUAUAUAAGGUUUUACUAGGAUCAUCUAAACUUAAAGACAACAGUCGUCCUCGUGAACUCUAUCCGCCAAUGAAACAGUAAAUAUAUAUAGCGGAGUAUAAUGUGAUCCUCCUAAAUGUUUACUUUGUUUCUCGAGAAAUGACAGCAAGCGUGUUAUAUCUAUGAAAGUGCCAUUCGCAGUAGUU